UCAUUUGCGUGCACCUUGCAGGGCUGCGGCGGCGGGCCCGUCGAGACCAACCUGUCGAGCUUCCUCGUCAAGCCGUACGCGAGCAAGUGGACCGACGGCUGCACCGGCAUAGAAGCUCUUGGCACAGGGACUGAUGCACUAUCCAUCUCGCCACCGCCUCCUUGCAGCUGCUUCGCCAUCACGCACGCCCACCUCGACCACAUCGCCGGCCUUAUCAUCUCGUCUGCUGCCUGUCGCCCGCCACCUCGACCCGUGUACGGCAUCCGGCGCACCAUCGCCAACAUCGAGCGGCUCAUGGACGGCGGUGUGUGGCCCAUGUUGGGCGGGUGGGACGACUCGGUGACGAUCGGGCGCGCCUACCACUACAAGAAGUGCCUGCCCAAGCCGCAGGCCGUCGGCACCGCACCUGCAGCAGGCGGCGCAGAAGGCGAGUGCUACGACUCGACGGCGUUCUUCGUGCGCGAGGAGCAGAGCGGGCGCGAGCUCCUGUUCUUUGGCGAUGUCGAGCCGGGUCCGUCCUCGUCCUCUCCC